AUGAAGACUCUACUGGCUCUGUGUGCCCUGGUGGUGCUGUCUGAGUGUUUCAGGAUCCCAAUGAUCAAAGGCAAAACUGCCCGUGAAAAGCUGCAGGAAAGGGGCCUGUGGGAGGCUUUCCGACAAAAAUAUCCCUAUAACCCCCAAAUUAAAUUUACCCAGAACGGCGCCGAAUCCAUGACCAAUGAUGCUGAUCUCGCCUACUAUGGAGCCAUCUCCAUCGGAACCCCUCCUCAGUCUUUCCUUGUGAUUUUUGAUACUGGAUCCUCUAACCUUUGGGUGCCUUCCGUCUACUGCUCCAGCCAGGCCUGCUACAACCACCAUACAUUCAAUCCAUCAAAGUCUAGCACAUUCCAGUGGGGACAAGGCAAUCUGUCCAUUCAGUAUGGCACAGGUAGCAUGACCGGAUACCUGGGAUACGAUACUGUGGUGGUUGGUGGAAUAGCGGUGAGUCAGCAGAUUUUUGGCCUGAGCGAGACAGAAGCCGACUUCAUGGCUCAGAUGACAGCCGACGGCAUUCUGGGUCUGGCAUUCCCAUCCAUUUCCAGCUCUGGUGCCACCCCGGUGUUUGACAACAUGAUGUCACAGGGCCUGGUCUCUCAGGAUCUGUUCUCUGUCUACCUGUCCAGCAAUGCACAGACAGGCAGCGUGGUUAUGUUUGGUGAGAUCGACAGCUCCUACUACAGCGGAACCCUCAACUGGAUUCCUCUCAGUUCGAAGACCUACUGGCAGAUUAGCGUGGACAGUGUUACCAUCAACGGUCAAGUGGUGGCUUGCUCCGGUGGCUGCCAGGCUAUUGUUGACACAGGCACUUCUCUCCUUGUGGGACCAGCUAGUGACAUCAGCAACAUGAACUCCUGGGUUGGAGCUUCUACAAGUCAGAAUGGAGAUGCCAUGGUCAACUGCGGCAGCAUCAGCAGCAUGCCUGUUGUUACCUUCAACAUCAACGGUGUUGCUUUCCCCCUCCCAGCCUCUGCCUAUGUCUCUCAGUCCGGAUCUUACUGCUUCACCGGUUUCUCAGGUGGCCAAGACUCUCUCUGGAUUCUGGGUGACGUUUUCAUCAGACAGUACUACACUGUGUUUAACAGGCAGACUAACUCAGUGGGUCUGGCUACUGCUGUCUAA